CAGAUGAGUUCCUCCUCUCCUGUCCUCCCUGUGAACUCCGUGGGCAAUGAGCGGGUGGAUCAGCGAACCUGCCUGAUCUGCGGGGACAGGGCCACGGGGCUGCACUAUGGCAUCAUCUCCUGCGAGGGCUGCAAGGGCUUCUUCAAGAGGAGCAUCUGCAACAAGCGCGUGUACCGCUGCAGCCGCGACAAGAACUGCGUCAUGUCCCGCAAGCAGCGCAACCGCUGCCAGUACUGCCGGCUGCUCAAGUGCCUGCAGAUGGGCAUGAACCGCAAAGCAAUCAGGGAGGAUGGCAUGCCAGGAGGCAGAAACAAAAGCAUUGGACCUGUCCAGAUAUCAGAGGAAGAGAUUGAGAGAAUUAUGUCUGGGCAAGAAUUUGAGGGAGAGGCAAACAUGUCAUGGAGCAACAACGGAGACAGUGACCAUAGUUCCCCUGGAAAUGGAGUUUCUGAGAGCAACCAGCCUUCACCUGUUUCUACUCCAUCUUCAAGUAGGUCGGUGGAGCUGAACGGCUUCGCUGCACUCAGGGAUCAGUACCUGGGCACGCCGGUGUCCACGCACUACCAGUACCUGCCGCACCUUUUCAGCUACUCGGCGCACUCGGCGCUGGUGGCGCCGCAGCCGCGCAGCCUGGAGCCGCAGUCGCACGGCCUCAUCAGCCAGCUGCUGUGUGCCGAGGACCUGGAGCCCCUCAGCACCCCCAUGCUCAUCGAGGACGGGUACAAAGUGACUCAGGCAGAGCUGUUUGCGCUGCUGUGUCGUCUGGCGGAUGAAUUGCUUUUCAGGCAGAUUGCUUGGAUCAAGAAGCUGCCGUUCUUCUGUGAACUCUCCAUCAAGGACUAUACCUGCCUGCUCAGCUCUACGUGGCAGGAGCUGAUCCUGCUCUCCUCGCUGACUGUUUACAGCAAGCAGAUCUUUGGUGACCUUGCAGAUGUCACCUCCAAGUACUCUCCCUCUGAUGACGAGCUGCACAGGUUCAGUGAAGAGGGGAUGGAGGUGAUGGAGCGCUUGAUCUACCUCUUUCGCAAGUUCAACCAGCUGAAGGUCAGCAAUGAGGAGUAUGCCUGCAUGAAAGCCAUCAACUUCCUAAACCAAGAUAUCAGGGGUCUGACCAACGCCUCCCAGCUGGAGCAGCUGAACAAGCGGUACUGGUACGUUUGCCAGGACUUCACAGAGUACAAGUACCCCCACCAGCCAAACCGCUUCCCGGAUCUGAUGAUGUGUUUGCCAGAGAUCCGCUACAUUGCAGGUAACUCCGAGUGCUUCUGAACAACGUUAACUUACUGCAGUGAAACUCUUGUGGACUUUGGUCGAGGAUGUUUGUGUGGGAGCAUUUCCUUUCAGAGCUUCUGCCCAUCUUUAAGCCCAUCCCGUUGCCAUGAGCUCAUCCAGUCAGAGAGGCUCUUGGCAAGGUGUCCUGGUGGUGCUGGUGGGCACAGGGUUAGUCCCACUUGGGGAAGAGGUGCCUUGCUCCAACCUGACACCCUUUAAGUGCAUUGUUCAGUCUCCCCUUAUUGUUCUUUCACUCCCAGAUGGGAGUGCAUUUUGUCCCAAAAGCAUGUAAUCCUGGUUUGAGUAGUUAUCAGAAUUAGAGAGAUCCCUGAGCUGAGCAGAAAGUGAUCAGCAGAGUUCAACCAGAUCAGUGUAACCCCCAGGGUUCCUCAUCUGGACCUCGGAAAUCCUCAGGUGAAUUCUCAGCUGCAGUUGCAUUGCUAAUUAGAUCUCCAAGGCCUAGUGUUACUAAAACUGUUCCUGAAUGUUAUGGCAAAGGGAGAUGCUUGCCUCCCUGUGUCAAGGCUCCGUAUGCUUCAUCCUACGCCGUCAUAAUGAACUAGAUAAUAAUCUCAGAGUAGCUCUCGUAAUUUACUCAUGGAGAUCAACAAAGGGGUUUGAGGUGAGAUGGGAUUUAGCCUUUCCCGCUUUCUAUAAAUACUUCUCCAUUGUGGAGAAAUCAUUUUGAUCUGACUUUGCCCAUUUAUUUUGCUUUCUAUUCAGUAAAUAAAUCACAUUGUGUCCAAAUGCAUAUCAAAUGUCUAAUGUAGCUGGAGGAUGAUUAACUGUUUCUGCGAAAGGUUCAAGGUAAAACCAUCUCCAGUGCUGCUGGCUUAGGUGUCUCUGAAAUCUGAUUCAGUUGUGGCUGCUAAUUCUGGUUUUUUUCUUACCAGGAAAAAUGGUGAAUGUCCCUCUGGAGCAGCUGCCUCUCCUUUUUAAGGCCGUUCUACAUUCCUGCAAGACGAGUGUGAGCAAAGAGUGAGCGCAGCUGGCCCCGGCCGGUGCCUUACGCUGAGCCUGGGGCCGGCCCGGCUCACCCGGAGAGGGGCAAAGGCCAUCCAGGCAGGAGACAGGGCACUGCGCCUCCCUGCCCUCGUAGCAAGAGUCUUUAUUGUUUGUUUUUGUUUUUUUACUCGUUUUCCUAUAUAUUUAUUUCACGACAGAGUUGAAUGUAUGAUCUUCAACACGAUGCACAUGGUUCUGUAAGAAUGCAGCAGAUGCAUUCUCCAGCAGUUUACAGAAUGUGAAGAUGUUUAAUGUUACAGUGUUUGUUAGGGUUAGUUCUUUUGUAUUUGGGGCUGGGGACCGAGAUGACUAAGACUACCUCAAGGAGAAGAUGCUGUUCACGCACUGCUCUUUCCAUGAUUUGCAUCCAAAGCAUUUGCCACAGAGAGCAAAUGUUGUCAGAGCUGUUAUUAUCCCAAAGGGACGACUUUGGAGAAGUGGGUGCUAGAGAAGUGCCAAGCUUUUUCUUUAAUUUUAAAAAGGCAGGAGUGGAGAAGGAGAAGUCUGUCUGUCUGUCUAGGCAGUUGGUUUCUUUUCCCCUGGCAGUUUCCAGUGGGAUGGCAGGGCUCUGAGGGGCUCCCUGGCCCUGUCCUGUCUGGGGAGCUGCAGAGGGGGUCUGUCCCAGCUCCUCCUGGCCACCUGCCCUCUUACUAUUGCCACAGCACCUGCCAAUUCCUCUGAAUUUGUGUUCCUGCGGUUCAUGACAGGUUCCUGGCAUUACACAAAGGUGCUUCUGUUACUAGAGGAUGGCAAGGACUUUAUCAUCACUUCCUUAAAAUUCAUUUUAGGUUUACAAAAGCAGGAAAAGCCUACUUAGAGAAGAGGCAGGAUUGCCCCUGUUAAAUGUGUUCCUCCAACAUGGUACCUGACUCGUGAGACUUCUGCAUUGCAGCAAUCCCCAUUUUGGGAGCAGUUAAUGAAUCCUGUGUUAAGUGGGGCCUGUGUAGUGCGGUGAGGGACUCCAGUGUCCUCUGGCAUGGCUUUCUCUGCUGGACACAGAGAAUGGGUGUUCCAUAAUUAGAUCCUGCCAAGACUGUUCUGUUCCUUGUGGAAUCCCAGGAAAAACUACAUUACUGCUGUACUUGGUUACCUGUCAUGUUCUAGGUGUUGCCAGGCUUGGAUUUCCAUCUCACAGGCUCUCCACAGCUCCAGAUGGAGAACUGGUUUAAUGACAGCUGAUUAGCUGAUUGAGUGAUUGCUCAGUGCUGAUGUUUAGCUAAACUUGGGCAUUCUCAUGAGUGACCUCAUGAUUUCCUGCUCAUGAUGGGGAGGUUUGGAUGAGAUGCUCUUGAUCUCAUCUCCUUCAUUAGGAAUUAAUAUUCAAAGACUCUGUCACUCUCCUAGACAGCCUUGGCUGGAUUUCCUUCCCUGCCUCCUUAGAUGUCAAUCUGGCAUUCACUUAGCAGGGUGGCUCCUCGAUAAGUGUUUGAAUGCUGAUUUUAAAAUACUUGUGGAAACAACUUCUAUUCCUUCAGGGUAGGAGGGACGAGUCACUACCUUCUUGUCUUUCCCUGGUGGCAGCUGCGUGGCACAGAGCAAGCACAGCUCAGCAGGGCUGCAGCUGCUGUGCAUGAAUGUGAUGGUGAGCAGGAGGAGAGUCCCAUUCCCCAAAGUCGUCCCUCCCUGCCUCCCUCCCUGCUGUCCCAGCGGGUGCUGCUGGCUGCAGCCCCAGGGGGGCUGUGCCCUGGUGCCCUGGCACAGCCUGGUCACGCCACACCAGGGCCUGCUGCUGCCUCACCACGGGCAUCCAUCCCGCUGGGGCAUCUCCCAGCUCAACGUCUCCCUCUUCUCAAAGUCCAUAGCUGUUCAUUUUCCAUUAUUUAAACAGGAGGUUACGGGUACCAGCUGCUGGGCACAGCAGCGGCUCAGCUCGGUGGAGCUUCGCACCCAAAGGUGGUUCCAUAAAUCUCAUUUACUUUCUGUGUGUAUUCUCAGGAAAGCCUUCUGCAUACAGCCAAUACCUCACGUGUUCAGGGGAAGAUUUUAGUGUAUCUGUUUGUGAGUUAGAAUGUAUUUCUCAGCUUUUGAGUUUAAUUUCCAAAUAGCUUGAUAUGAUCUUUUUAUUACGGGUUAUUUCUGGCUUGCUGUUUUAUACACUCAAGGAAUUGUUAAAAUUGCAUAGGAGUGAUUUUAUUCUACAGUUACUGAAUUAUUAUAAUCUGUUGAUGAAUAAGUGUUUUAAUUAGUGUACAUAAAAGCAGUCAUCUUGUUGCCAGCUACCCAACAAAAAUAAUCUAUUGGGUAAUCUGUGGUUUUCCAAAAUAGCCUCCCAAAACUAAUGCUGUACCAACAACAACCAAAAACCUAAAUUCAGUUAUGAUGACAAACAGACAUGAAUGUUCCACUUUCUGUUGUAGAAAGCAAAUUUUACAACGGUUGAUUGGCAGCAGUAUCCGCUCCCAAAUACACAUUUGCCAUAGGGAGUAGAAAAUCCUUCCUGAACUGACAGGUAAGGAAGCAGCAAACAGACCAGAUGGAAUCACGGGACAGUCAUUCCUGAUAUCUUCUGCACCAAGUCCUCUAAUGACUUGUAUUUUUUAAACAGGGUAAUGUGAAUGUGUUGCAUUGCAAACUCAGGUAUUAUGAGAAGGUAGGAAUGUAGCUAGAGACGUAGAGACGUUAGGUAGAUGUAUUUGUGAAUUUGGUUUGAAGGACACCCUGGAAAGGUUGGAAUUUUUGUUCCAUUCUUCAUGUAACAUUCAGUUUACAGGGACUCAUAUUUUAUUUGUGCUUAAUGCUACUAGGGGGAAGUUCAUUAUCUUUGGUAUCUAUCUGCUCUUGCUUAUCUGACCUUCUGUCAUAGAGAAAUCUAUCAACAAUAAUAGUCUUUGGUAGAAUUUUCUGCCAUGACAAGUCAAUUUUUAUCCCCGAUUUGAAAGACAGAUUGGCUGGCUGACCCCUCUUCUCCUUCAAAGCAUCUGUGCAGAUAGAAAACGGAAGAGUUACUUUUAAUCUGAGCAGAGAUUUGGGACAUAAAUUUGAAGUGCUCAGGGGAGGCUGCUGAGGAGCCGCUGGAAGGGUCCCGCUCUUGGGACUCUGUCCCAGGCGAAUGCCGGACCCCAGGGCCUCAACAGAACCUUCUGGAAAGUGAGUGAGUUUUCUUCCCCUUCAGCUCAGGCUGCUGCCAGGGGCUGAGCCUUGACCCCUCAGCGUGGCUGCUCUCACUUGCUGGGGGGCCUUGGUGGCCCCGGCCCCAGCCAUGCAAAGGCUCAAGUGGCUCUGCUGUGAUGCCUCCCCUGUGCCAGCAGGACCUGCCCUUGCUCCUCAGGCUUCUGCACAGACCCACAGCCACUUCAGCUAAAGGAGUUUAAGUCUUGUCCUUCAAACCAACUUUGUUAAAAAAAAACCAACACUUGAAUUUCUUUUAUCUUUACUACAUUUUUAAAAGGAAAAAAAGAAAAAAAAAAUCUCCUGCGAAUGUGCUAUUUCCCAUUCAUUCUUUCUUCUUUCUUGGUUUUGAUUUGAAGCUGUGAAGCUUGGUGUCUGUGAAAAUGUUGUUAUUUCUCAGGAUAAUAAGCGGCAAUCAUCCCUGCCACAUGAAAGGCAGGAGAAAGGGGGAAACUUGGGGAACUAGUUAAAGUAUGAAACUAAUUUUUAAGUUGUAGAUGAUGUGUAAAUGGAGGGGAGUGCAUAGCUAUCAGUAUCAAGCUGUGGUGUUUCUCUGGGUUCACGGUGUGUUGUUUCAAUGCACAGAAGCUCAGGGAUAAGUAUUUAAAAUGUGACCCAGAGAAACCCUAGUUUUGAUGUUGCAACAGUUGCUUCUUUCCCGACUUGUCUGGAGGACCCCGGAGAGCUGACAAAGCCCCAUAUGGGGAUUUUGGGGGGAAAGCUUUGGAUUUGGCUGUGGGAAGUUUGCCUGCUGAAGGCUCAGACGUGGUGCUGUGGGCAGAGCAUCCCAAAGGUGCACGGGGCUGUACGAGGCUGUGCCCUUGCACCACCCAGCAGCUGGGGACCAGCUCUGUCUGUGGGGCUCUAUUUCUGCAUUCCCUCAUGGCUAAAUGUUUGACUGUUCAUGGAAAAGUGGAAACAGGCAUUUCUCAUUGUGUCCCUGGCAGCCAGUUGCAGGGCUCUGUACUCUGUUGCUCAUGAAUUCUUAAUUUUCAUCAGUUCAACUUUCUCACUGGUUGUAGGAACAGUCAGACAGCUUGAGAAGGGCACUGGUGUGUGACUCUGAUUGGGUUACAGCUGCUGUGAGUGUCCAAACAGCCCCGUCCAGCCAUAGACAGGGCCAGCAUUGAGAGUCAGCAAAAGUCUGAAGGGCUGAAAUCCCCUCCCAGCACCCUCAGCCAGAGUCUGCUAACCUGAGUUUAAACCAGCCUCACAAAAAGCUGGGGAGGCCAAUCCAGGCAGUGUCUUUCGCUUGGGAAAAAAAAAAAUUAAAAAAUAGCUCCUGUGAACUGCCUUCUGACAAGUCUGUGAAAGAAGCAACAUGGAUCAGUGGAAGAAAUGCCCCCAAGGGCAAAAAGAAACAGAAAUUGAGACCAGAUGACGAUCAACGUUAACAAAGCCUUUUGUGAUUCAUUGUUUCUUUCAAUUUAUAAAAUGUCUUGUAAUAGUUGAUAACAUUAUUGACUCAAUUUCCAUAACUAAACUACCUCGUGUGACAUCCUGUUUAUCAUCUCAAAGGGAUUGUGUGAAAAACUAAACACUGCCAGUGUCUGUUGCCGGCGAGGAGCAGGGGCUGUGAUUGCUGGAGUUGUGUUUCCCUUCCCGUGGGCUGGGGUUGGCUCCUGUCACUGCUGCGUGUCCUGUGCUGAGGCUGAGCUCUGCUGUCCCUCCCUGGGGACGGUGUGGGUUUUGUCAGUGCCCAUUCCAGCUCAGUCCUGGUCAGAGGCUGCCUGUGUAACCCGGGACCCCGCAGUGUGUCCGUCCUGGGCUGCCCGGGGAGGCAGCGGGCCAGUUUGCUGCUUGUGUCGGCCCCUUGCUGGUGUGAGGGGUGUUCCCAAGAGGGUCAGUCCCAGCUGUUGGCUCCUUGGUGAUGUUCCCAGUGAUGGUUUCUCCCGUUGAUUUUUCCCACAAUCCCUUGUGUAAAUCAGGGAAGCAGGAUGUUCGGCAUGGUACACGCUGAGCAUUGGCACACUCGGAGCCGGGGCUGGGGCAGGAGGGUGUGCCUGGCCCCGUGUCACCGUGGGGACGGGCACCGGGAGCUGCCCCCUCCCCACCCUGUGACCAAAUGAAUGUUUCUGCCGGCGGCUCCGCCUCAGCCCGGCCCACCCCUGCUCCGCUGCUCCGCUCUGGGACUUGACUACCUGUGGAAAUGUGACCAAUAAGUGUUGAAUGCAUGUUUAGUGAGUGUUUAGCUGUAUGAACUAAUAAAUGUGAAAUGUUCUGCA